GCGGCGGGGCAGACGGCGCACGCCGGGGGCGGAGCCGGACCCACGUCUGCGUGACAGUUGUCGCGGGGGGGAGGGCGAGCCCAGACUAGGGGGAGGGAGUGUAAAUAGAGCGAAGGCGGCGGCGUGUCGAUCCCGUCACCUCUCGGGCGACCCGCGAGCAGCCCCGGAGGGAGAUGGAAGGAGAUGAGCAAGAGCAGCGGCGCAGAAAGGUGGAGGCCGGGAGAGCGAAGCUUGCUCACUUCCGACAGAGAAAAACAAAAGGUGACUGUGCGCAUCCGAAGAAAAAGACGGCGAAGAGGAAGGGCCCGGCUGUCGAUGCGCCUGUCCAGGAGGAGAGCCCGGUAGCCACCGAGGAUGGUGGACUCCUGGGAAGAGGGGACGUUUGCAAAGACGAGUCAUGCGGUGACACCCCUGAUGGGGCAGGAGCAGCGCAGGACCGUGAGCAAGAAUAUAAGCUAGAAAUUGCGGAACUGAUGAGAAGACAGAAGGAUGAGGUCGGCGCACAGCAGCAGGUGGCCGUGGAGCCCCAGCGGCCGACAGAGAUGCAGCAGGUGCGGCUGCAGGCCCAGCCGGUGCCUUCCCUGGAGCUGGAGGCGCUGCGCCUGAGUCUGAGCAACAUGCACACGGUGCAGCUGGAGCUGACCCAGGCCAACCUCCAGAAGGAGAAGGAGACGGCGCUGACGGAGCUGCGGGCCAUGCUGAACGGUCGGCAUGCCCAGGAGCUGGCCCUGCUGCGGAGCAGGCAGCAGCAGGAGCUCGAGCUGACCAGGGGGCAGCACGCGCGGGAGCGGGAGGAGACGGUGCAGCGCUGCAGCCGGGAGACAGCCGAGCUGAAGGAGAAGUUACAGGCGGAAAUGGAGAAGAACGCGAGGAUGAUAGAGAACCUGAAGCAAGACUGGGAAUCAGAGAGGGGUUUAUGCUUAGAAAACCUACGCAGAGAAUUGUCUGCAAAGCAUCGGUUGGAAUUGGAGAAUUUACAAGACCAGUUUAAGAAAGAAUUGGACGAACAGAAAGCUGAAUUGGAGAAGAUUUUUCAAGCCAAAACUCAGGCCGAAUGUGCCCUGAGGACUCUGGAGACCCAGCAGGAAGCAGCCCUGCGACAGUUACGCGAAGACCUGCAGUCUGAGCGCGGUCAGUACGUGCGGGACUUGGAGCAGAGACUCCGAGACCAGGAGGCAGAAAAACAGCUGGAGUUAGAGAGCCUCCGGGCGUCCUACGCAGAGCUGAAGGCUCAGUCGCAAGAAGAGAUCCUGCGCCUGUGGUCUCAGCUCGAGUCUCCGACACCUGACAGACAGGACUCGAGUGAGUUCCACGACCAGCUCCCGGCCCUCACGCCUCAUGGGGAAGAGCUAGAGCGCCUAAGGCAAGACUUCCAGCAGCAGCGGCAGCGAGAGAAGGCCGAGCACGAGUCUGAGCUGGAGCAGUUGAGAAUUUACUUUGAGAAGAAAUUAGAGGAGGCUGAGAAAAGCUACCAAGAAGACCUGAUUGUGUUACAGCGGCGGCUGCAGGAGGUGAAUGAAGAGUCUCUUCUGGAGUCUGUGGAAAUCAGUCCACCCAGUGUGUGUUUAGAAGAGAGGUCUGAGAAAGGAAGAAGAGAACACUGCGACGGACUCCGCCUUCAGCCUGAGUUCGAAGAAAACCACCGGUGCCAACCAGCAGCGUUGAAGUCCUCCCUGGAAGCCCGGCGGGAGGUGGGCCUCGUAGGGACCCAGGUGUUGGAGGGGGAGCAACGUGUGGGUCUCUCAGAAGGGCCCGGCGAAGAGCUUGCUCUGGUGCCGCUCCCGUGUGCACAGGACACGGCCUUGGAGGUGGAGACAGAGGUGACGGCCAGCGUCUUGGGUUUGGAAACUGAGCACAGGCUUAAACUCUCACUUCUUCAGACGGAGCUCAGGGAAGAAAUUGACGUCUUAAAACUAGAAAAUAGAAAUUUACAUGAGAAGUUGCAGCACGAAAUCUGCCUGAAAGAGGACUUGGAGAGGGUAAAAUAUAACUUGGUUGAAGAUCACCAGGAGGAGCUGAAGAAAGCUAAGGAGAAAUUACAGCUGAUGAAGCAAGAAUUCAAAGACAAAGAAGCAGAAUGGAAAGUGGCGAGUGAGAAUCUAAAGAGAAAAGCUGAAGAGGAACUCGCGCUGAUGCUCCUUGACCUGAAAGAACAAGCUGAAGCUGAAAAGCAGUCAAUAAUAAACAAGUUUGAGCUUCGAGAAAUCAAAAUGAGGCAACUUCAGGAUCAGCAGGCAGCCCAGAUCCUGGACCUGGAGGGGUCCCUGGUGGAGCAGCAGGGCCGGCUCCGGCAGCUGGAGCUCGGGCUUGCAGGGGACGAGUGUCCACAGUGCAGCCAGUGUGGCCGGGAGCCAGGUGGCCGUCUGGCUCCUGCAGACCAGGCCUGGGAGCUUGCCGCACUCCGCCUGAAGGACGACUGUGCCCUCCAGCUGAUGCAGGCACAGAACAGGUUUUUAAAAGAACGUAAAGAAAUCACAGAGAAAUUCACUGCGGAACAGGAUGCCCUCCUUCGGGAGGCCCAGGAGAAGCACGCCUGUGAGCUGCGUCUCCUCCAGGAGAGACACCAACAGCACAUUCUGUCCUUGACGGCGGAACUGGAGGCCAGGCACCGGGCUGAGGUAGAGGAGCUGAAGGCCUCGGUGGAGAGUGAGCAGUGGGCUCUUUCAGAAGCCCGUGUGGCUGAACUGCAGACACAGCAUGCUGCGGCGGUCAGUGCUUUGGAGGCAAGACACUCGUCACACCUGGAUUCUCUGGAAUCGCGUCACCUGUCUGAGAUGCAGACCAUGCGGGAGGAGCACAGGUGGGCUCUAGAGCAGCUGAGAGCGGACCUGGAGAAGCAGCUGCAGAAGAAGGAUGCUUCUCACCCCACCGCUCUGACUCAGGAGCUACACAGGCAGGCACUGAAACAUGGCCAGGAGCUUCCGCCUGCGGAGGAUGGCCUGAGGACGCAGAGGAGCGGGAAUCAGGGUGAGGCUGUGAAAGCCCUGGUGCCCCCUGAGCUUCCGGGAGUGCAGCAGGGUGAAUUUGAAAGUGAAAAGAAAGUUGCUUUGCAUGAAAAGGAGGAGAUACAUAGGCUGGAGUAUGAGCAAGCACAGUCUCUUUACCAAAAAGAGAAAGAGUCUUUGUUUCUGCAGCUUCAGGAGAAGAAUAACCAAAUUCUGCAGCUGAAAGACAAAAUUUUAUCCUUAAGUCACGAGGUAGAAGAGCGCCAUUCUGAACUGGAGAAGCUACAGCAAAGGCGUGACAGGGAAAACCAGGAAGGCACAAAUCUCAUCUCGAUGCUCAAGUCCGACAUUGACCUGUCUGACCGCGAAAGGAGAGCGCUCCGAGAUGCUCUGCGGAGGCUGCUCAGUUUAUUUGGAGAAAUGCUGAAGGCUGCCAUCACCCUGAAGAGCCGGAUCGGUGAGCGCGUGGGGCUCUGUCUGGAGGAUGAGGGCCUACCUGAUGCGCGGCCCAGUGGCCAGGCCCUGUUUGCAGUACCAGUGCUUGAUGAGACGUGGCCUGGGUCCGAGGCAGCCCUGCUGGAGCUGGACAAAACUUUGUCUGAAUGUGUGGAGAUGUCUUCAGACGCUGAAAUUAGCAGUCACAUCUGUGAAAGCUUUUUCAUGAGCCCAGAAAGUUCGCUGGAGUGUGAGCAGCCAAUUAGGAGAAUUUACCGGAGCCUUGGGCUGGCGGUGGAUGGCCUGCUGGAGCUGGCUCUGGACUCCACCAGGCAGCUGGAGGAAGCACGUCAGAUUCAUUCUCGUUUUGAGAAGGAAUUUAGCUGUAAGAACGAGGAAACCGCGCAGGUCGUUAGAAAGCACCAGGAGUUAGUGGAGCGCCUGGAUGAGGAGAACGCGGCCCGCACGCGGCUGACGCUGGAGCUGCACCAGGCGCAGGGCAUCAUCGAAGGGUUCAAGGUGGAGAAGGCCAGCCUGCAGGAGGCUCUGGGCCAGAAGGAGACGGCCGAGCAGGGCCUCGCUGUGGAGCUGGAGAGCCUGAGGCAGCAGCUGCAGCGGGCGACCCAGCAGCAGGCAGAGCUGAAGGAGGAGAACUCUGCCCUGUGGACCCAAAAGGAGGCCUUGGCCGCAGAAGCGGAAGAGAGAGAAGCUGGCACUCCUGUUCCCAUAGCACACGAGGACUCAGCCCUCCGUAGGGAAGUGGAAUGUCUAACCCAGGAGCAGUCGGAGGCCAGGAAGCAGUCCGAGAGAGACCGCGCUGCUCUGCUUUCCCAGAUGAAGGUUUUCGAGGCUGAGCUGGAGGAACAGCUGUCCCGGCAUGAAGCGUGUGCCAAGCAGGCUGAGGAACUCUCUUCGCUGAAGCAGCAGAUGGUGGCUCUGGACAAGCACUUGAGGAACCAGCGCCAGUUCAUGGACGAGCAGGCUGUUGACAGGGAACACGAGCGGGAAGAGUUCCAGCGGGAGAUCCAGAGGCUGGAGGAGCAGCUCCGACAGGCGGCUCGGCCACGGCCCCGGGGCCCCUGCGUCAGCGAUCAGGAGCCGCUGUAUGAGCAGGUUGAAUUGUUACAAGAACAGUUGAGAGAGAAAUCAGAUGGGUUUAAUGAGUUGGUUAUAAAGAAAGAGUUGGCGGACAGACAAAUGUUAAUCCAGGAAGAGGAAAUCAAACGUCUGGAGGAGACAAAUGUCAGCUGCAGAAGAGAGGCGGCCCAGCUGCGGGAGGAGCUGGAGAAGCAGAGGGACACUGUGAAAGCGUUGCAGCAGGAUAAAGAGGCAUUACGGGAGCAGCAGAUGAGUAACUUGCUGCUGGUGUCCACGCUGCAGUCUAAACUCGAUGAGGGCAGAUGCCCUGUGCCUCCUGCAGGCAGCUGUCCUGAGGGCCCGGAAGCCCAGCUGGAGGCGGCGCAGAGGGCGCUCCAGCAGCGGGACAGCGAGGUUUUGGACUUAAAAGAACAAUUAGGAAAGAUUAAAGAUGACUUAGUAAGUAAGAGCGACGAAGUGCUGCAUCUGAACUUGAAAUUAGACGCAGAGAGCAGCCGUGCUGCCGUCAGAGUGCGGGAACUUCAAGAGGAGAACGCCAGCUUGAAGGAGUUUCUGCAAAACAAAGAAAAAGAGAUCAUGUGUGUGAGCGAACAGCUCGAGGCGCAGCUGGCUGGGAUGGAAGGUGGCGCUCUCAGCGAGGUCCUGUGUGACAGAAGCUCAGAGAUCGAGGAGCUGAGAUCCAUCAUUGAGAACUUGCGAGACAACCAGCAACGCCUGCAGAGAGAGAAGGCAGAGGAGGUGGAGCAGCUCCACGAAGUCAUCGAGAGGCUGCAGAGAGAGCUCUCGCGCGGGGGGCCCACGGUGCCCGGGGCCGAGAGUGCAGUGAAUGGUGAUCUGCAGCCUGCUGAAGCCCCGGUGUCGUUAAACCACCCGGGUGUGCACAAACAAGACAGCGUGAUGGAGUCUGAGCUGCUCUUGGUGAAGAACGAGAUGCCCUUGAGAAUGGAGGACCAUGGCAAAGGGCCAGGAAGGAUGAAGAAUAAGGAAAAACUACUGGAAGAUUGUCAGCUGUGGAAAGUUGGUCUCAUAAGUCAGGUGAAAGAGCUUCAAGAAAAGUUGAACCGUCUGGUGUAUUCUGUGAACUUCCAGAACAUCGAGACAGAGGAUUUCAAACAUCAGCAGCUGGUGGCAUCUUCACAUGCUUUAGAAAAUAGUUCGAGUGAUAGUUCUAGUCACAGUGAAGGAACUGGCAAAUCGCCUCUUGUGGAUGCAUUUCAUAGCGACAAAACCACGUGUGAUCUAAUUGACCUUAGUGGAAGUCAGGAUCCACUGAUAAAAAAUGAAAUGUCAAAUGUUGCCAUGGAAGAUGAGGUUGACUUGCAGGACGGAUCACUUUGUUUACAAGCAGGCUUCCAUGCUGGCUGCCAUGACCUAACCCAUACGGAGGGGCCUGGGCCCUUGAAGAACACACUCAGGGCAGUGGAUCUGUCCUCCUGGAGCUCCCCGGAGGUUGUCAGGAAGGACUCCACUCGUGAGCCUGUGCCCAGCCUGCCCCUGACACCAUGCUCAGACGCCCUGAGCUUGGACGCCUCCCUGCAGGACAGGACCAGUGCCUCGGUCCAGGCUGACCAUUUGGAGCUGCUUUGGUCCCUGGGCGGCUCAGCAGCAGGAAAGGCCUCCAGGUGGGCAGAGUCUCCACUGGCUGCAGACAGAGCGCCCUCCGCUGACCAACAUGUGCAGCGGAUGGCUGUGGAGAAAGAUGUUGAAGACUUUAUCGUAACAUCUCUUGAUGCUCAAGAAAAGCCCAGAUCCUCUCCUCUCGGGUUUGAAGGAAAGAACAAUGGAAGUGAAAACAGUGAGGGCUCGGGGUUUGGAAAGAUACUAAACCAAGGUUUGGGAAGACUCGAAACCCCCACUGCUAGUCCUCCAGAGCCGCCUCCCACCUCUGGAAGGUUCCGACGGCCGCUGGAAGCUAUGAAGGAGAAAGAAGUGCAUCCGAAACAAGUGAAGGCUUUGCUGCAGAUGGUGUGUGACGAGAGCCACCACAUACUGGCCUUGUCCGAGUGCCGCGGGCCGCCCAGCGCCCUGAGCAAGGGCGAGCCGAGUGCCCCCCUUGAGCACUUCCCGAGGGAGGGCCCCGGCCUUUUGGAGGCGGUGCCGGCCCUGCGGAGACAUCUGAACCUAGCACCCCAAAAGGGAGAGAAGGACCCUCCCGGCAUGUGUCUUGACUGGAGAGGAGAAUUUCUCCAGGUUGUGCAGGAGGCAUUUGGAAAAGAGCGGGAGAUGCUGAGGGCCGAGCUGCAGCCCCAGCCCUGCGGCUCUGAGCCCAGGGACCACAGCUCCCUGCUGGAGCGGCUAGAGAAGGUGGUCCAGCAGCAGGAGGAGUCCUUGGAGCACCUUCGCCUGUCAGACAGGAGCAGCCUGCUGUCCGAGAUCCAGGCUCUGCGCGCCCAGCUGCGCAUGACCCACCUGCAGAGCCAGGAGAAGCUGCAGAAGCUGUGCGCGGCGCUGACCAGCGCGGAGGCCCGUGGGAGCCAGCAGGAGCACCAGCUGCGCAGGCAGGUGGAGUUACUGGCAUAUAAGGUCGAGCGGGAGAAAUGGAUGGCAAGCGAAGUUCAGAAAACCCUGCACGAAGAGCAGGAGAAAGCCAGCAGCGUUCGGAAGCUCCUGCUGGUGGAGCAGACCGUCGUCAGAGACUUGAGGUCCGAGCUCCAGGAGCGUGAGCAGGACAACGAGAGGCUGCUGGCCUCCCUCAGUGAGGCGCAGAAGGAGGUCCUCCAGCUGAGGUCCGUGCUGGACGGUAAGGAGAGCGACCUGAAGGCGGCCCUGCAGGAGCUGGAGUGCGAGCGCGGGAAGGAGCGCGCCCUGCAGAGCCGGCUGCAGGAGGAGCAUCUGCAGCACCUGCAGAAGGAGGGCCAGAGCUCCAAGACCCUGGAGGAGUUGAGAGUAUCCUUGGAGAAGCAGUGUGCUCAGAGUAAUCGACUGUGUGUUGCGCUGAAACAUGAACAGACGGCGAAGGACAACCUCCAGAAGGAGCUGCAGAUCGAGGCCUCGCGCUGUGAGGCGCUCCUGGCGCAGGAGCGGGGCCAGCUGUCCGAGCUGCGGCGGAGCCUAGAGGCCGAGAAGGGCCGGUCGCUGGAGCUGGCCGCGGCUCUACGGCAUGAGCGGCUGCUGACGGAGCAGCUGAGCCGCGGCGCAUGGGACCCGCCGGCACACCACGCUGUGCUGAGGAGGCUGAAGGACGAGAAGUCCCGCGUGGCGGAGCUGCAAGCCAGGCUGGAGCAGGUGGACGUGCAGAAGCGCUGUGCGGAGCUUGAGAGGGAGAAGGAGGUAAGGGCCGCACAGACCCCUGCCGUGGAGCCCCCCCAGGCAUGGGAGCCGCGGCAUGGUCUGCGGAGAGAGGGGGAGAGUUCCACGAGGCUGGCCGCACGCGAAGGACGCGAGGACUCGAGGAGGAGAGCGGAGACGGGGCCAGGCCGGGCCGACGUGGAGAUGCGGCCGACGGGAGACAAGGAGAAGCUGCGGGAGUUGGAGUUGCAGCAUCAGCGAGAUGAGCACAAGAUCCGGCAGCUUCAGCGGACGGUCCAGGCCCUGGAGGCGAAGGCGGCCGCUCGCCAGUCCCCAGAGGCCGAGCGGCUGCAGGAGGAACGGCACAGCCUGGAGAAGGUCCGGCAGCAGCUGCUGUGUGCAGCCGGGCUCCUGACCAGCUUCGUCAGCCAGAUGGUGGACAGGACAAUUAGUGAUUGGACAUCAUCGAAUGAGAAAGCAGUGAGCUCCUUGCUGCGCACGUUAGAGGAGCUCAAGUCUGACCUGAGCGCGCCCAGCUCCUCCCAGAAAAAGAUGACAGCAGAGCUGCAGACCCAGCUGGUGGACGUCCUCCUGAAAGACAACGACUCCCUGACGAGAGCCCUGCGCACGGUGACGCAGGAGAAGGCGGACCUGCGCCGGGCAGUGUCGCAGCUGGAGGCGUCCCUGAAGCAGCAGCUGCUGAAGCGCGGUGUGUGGACUAGACCGGACAAGUCUGCGUGGAAGCAAGACGGGGCAGUCUCGCAGAGCUCAGCAGGACAGCCAGACCCAGCAGUGCCCGCGCUGGCCGCACGGGAGGAGGGAAACGCCUGCGGCGUGCACAUGGAGAAAUUGUACCUGCAUUAUUUGAGAGCAGAAAGCUUCAGAAAAGCUCUGAUUUAUCAAAAGAAGUAUCUUUUACUAUUGAUUGGUGGAUUCCAGGACUCUGAACAAGAAACGCUCUCCAUGAUCGCCCAUUUGGGAGUAUUUCCUUCCAAAGCAGAUAAGAAAAUCACCACAUCUCGCCCUUUUACGAAGUUUCGGACUGCCGUCAGGGUGGUGAUCGCGAUAUUAAGAUUACGUUUCUUGGUUAAGAAGUGGCAAGAGGUAAAUCGGAAAGGAGCCAUGGUGGCAGGCCGAGCGCCCCGUCCAGCGGUUGCGGGGGAAGGAUUCCGGGCACCACGGCAGCAGCCUGCACCCAAAACCAGCACCUCCCCGCCAGCCCGGGACGCGUCCUCCAGCCACGCCAGGGACCGCGGGCCCAAGGCCUCCCCGUGCAGGAGGGAGAGUGAACUGUGUUCCCCUGAUGGCCGGAGCGGGCUGAGCCGUGACUGCGUGGACGUCCUGCGGCCGCGGUGGGGUGAGGGGGUGCGGCUGCGGCUGCGACUUCUCCUCCGGGUGUGACCGUGAAAGAUGGGCCUUGGGUUUCAUCUCUGCAGAGUGAACCACGUGAACCUCCUCCUCAGGCGCUGGGAUGAGGGACUCUGGUUACGAGUCACUUAUUUCGUUCUUUCAACCCUGAUUUUUCCGAGAUUUGUAACAUAGGACAGUUCGGUUCGUGUCUUUGCGGGUGUUUGUCCCCACGUCCAGACCCUUCGGCCUCUGAGUGUGCUUCCCAGCGCGUGCUCCGUGCUUAGGGUGGUAGCACCGUCCCCCAUGGGCGCCGUGGACGGGGAGGACGCGCCGGCGUGUGCGCCUUCAGCCCUUGCCCCUGGUUGACGGUGGCAUCUCUGCGCACGCUGCGCUUGUGAGCACAGCGGUCUCUGGCAGGAGAGACGGCACAGGACGUGGGGACGAGCGCCGCCGUGGGGCCAGGCGGCAGGCAGCCCCAUGUGCGGCUGACUUGGGAUCUCCUGCGCUGACGGUGUUCCACCGACGUGUGGGAUUCCUCAGGGAGACGUGUUUCGGAAGUGCUGGCUUUGGCCUGGCCUCAAGCAAGGCAGGGCGUGCAUAUGAGUCCGUGGGGCCCCGGUGCCCAGGUCUGUGUGGGGGAGGCAGGGACUCUUGGCCGGUGGCUGUGGCAACCCUGGUGUCUGCGUUGGUGAUGGUUAUGGAAAGAGUCCGUGCCAGCCAAGGCCUCUUUUACGUGGGUGGUACAAGGAUGAGUAAGACGUGUGCCUACCCUGAAGAGAACGUGAAGGACACAAAGCAGAGGACCGGGAGGAAAGGUGCUGCGUAGAGACUGGACCCGGUGGGUUGUGCCCCAAGUGAAGGGGACAGUUUGGGAUGAUCAGAGAAAGGCCAGUGGGUAGUGGGGUCACCCUUAGGGCACCGAGGGGUGGGUCUGAGGGGCAGGGCUCCAUAAUCCGGUUGGGGUAAUGCAUUUAUACUUGAAAAUUUCGUGAAUGAAGUAACAUGUUAUUGGGGCACCUGGGUGGCUUAGUCGGUUAGAUGUCUGACUCUUGAUUUCUGCUCAGGUCAUGAUCUCAGGGUCGUGAGAUUGAGCCCUGCCUCAGAUUCCACGCUCAGCACAGAGUCUGCUUGAGAUUCUCUCUCUCUGUCUUCCCCUCCCCCGGUGUGCCCACCUUCAUGUGUGCACUCUCUUUCUCUCUUAAAUAAAUAAAUCUUUUUUUUUUAAAGAUUUUAUUUAUCUAUUUAAUUGACAGAGAGAGACACAGCGAGAGAGGGAACACAAGCAGGGGGAGUGGGAGAGGGAGAAGCAGGCUUCCCACUGAGCAGGGAGCCCGAUGUGGGGCUCGAUCCCAGGACCCUGAGAUCAUGAACUGAGCCGAAGGCAGACGCUUAAUGACUGAGCCACCCAGGCACCCCAAUAAAUAAAUCUUUUUAUUUUUAUUUUUUAUUUUUUUAAAGAUUUUAUUUAUUUAUUUGAGAGAGAGAAUGAGGUAGAGCAUGAGAGGGGGGAGGGUCAGAGGGAGAAGCAGACUUCCUGCUGAGCAGGGAGCCUGAUGCGGGGCUCGAUCCCGGGACUCCAGGAUCAUGACCUGAGCCGAAGGCAGUCGCCCAACCGACUGAGCCACCAGGUGCCCUUUUCUUUUUUUUAAUAAAGAUUUUUAUUUAUUUGAGAGAGAGAACAAGCAUGAGUGGGCAGGAGGGGCAGAGAGAGAGGGAGAAGCAGACUCCCCGCCGAGCAGGGAGCCCGAUGCAGGACUCGAUCCCGGGACUCCAGGAUCAUGACCUGAGCCGAAGGCAGUCGCCCAACCAACUGAGCCACCCAGGCGCCCAAUCUUUUUAAAUAAUAAAAUAAUAUACAAUAGUUUUUACUCAUUUUACCUCUGAGACAUUUUAUAGAAGUUGGUUUUUGUUUUCCUUUUUUUUUAAAUUUUAUUAUGUUAUGUUAAUCACCAAUGAUCAUUAGUUUUUGAUGUGGUGAUCCACAAUUCAUUGUUUUCAUAUAACACCCAGUGCUCCAUGCAGUACGUGCCCUCCUUAAUACCCAUCACCGGGCUAACCCAUCCCCCCACCCCCCUCCCCUCUAAAACCCUCGGUUUGUUUCUCAGAGUCCAUAGUCUCUCAUAGUUCAUCUCUCCCUCCGAUUCCCCCCCCUUCAUUUUUCCCUUCCUUCUCCUAACAUCCUCCAUGCUAUUCUAUCCUAUGUUCCACACAUAAGUGAAAGCAUAUACUAAUUGACUUUCUCUGCUUGACUUAUUU